UCCGCUUCGGUGAUGUCACAACAUCAAUUUAUUAUCCACAAAUAUCGGCAUCAAGACUCUGGCUUGUCAAACAUUAUCUUCCCGGCCGUAACUUUCAUGCUACCUACUUCUAACAUACUCUACUAUAUCUACCUAUUUCUAUCUCUUCCCUAUUAUCAAACAUGGACUUAACUAUCACAAGAAUCUUACGAGGGACAAUACUCCAUGUCUGCAUCUGCAAACUGCAGUCCACGGCCUUGAAUAACUUUAAUCUUGGCUGAAGUAAACGAUGAGUCGACAUCAACGUCACCGUUAAUUGUAACAACACUACCUCCCCAUCUUUUCUACAUAGACGACCACCUAAGAAUAGAGUUCUCCUGAUGAUAAAUACUACGUGUUAGAAUAUCACCGGAUGAGACUAGAUCUUAACUUGCAGUUGUAUUCGUAGCAUCGUCUACAACAAUAGCCCAUGGGGUAUAGGCUUCAUCUCCGAAUAAACUAAUACGACUAUGCCUCCAAUCGAAUUAGACAAGCCUUCGACGGCGCCAAUAAAUACUAAAGGGUCUGAGCAAGACCUACUCCGAGUACGCGAUGUUCCGCGAGACGGGAACCGCCGGACCAUCGUCCAAGAUUCGCAAGGUAACCUUGUAUAUCCGAGCUAUAUUCCUCCGGAUAUCGAACUGCCUAUCUCGCGCAAGAGAGCCGUAUCGGAAGGCGUACUAGAUCAAUUCAAAAGUCCUGGUCCGACCGAGGGUCCCAAAAAGUCCAGGUCAGAGCCUGUGAACAAGCAAUCUUUCAAGUUGGCGCGAUCGUCAUCAAAUCCUCAACAAAGCCAACGUCGGACUUCAAUAUUUUCGGCUUUUCCUCUUAUGAAACGAGCAGGAACGGAUGUUUCUAUGCUUGACAUGGCACUGCAACAUGCUUAUGACGAAAACAGGGAUGACGAUACAUCAGACUCGUCAUCGUCGGAAGCGGAAUAUGGAGGGAAGGCGAGGAAAACGCGUGCAGGCCAGUCCUCAGGACAGCCGAACCGUAAAAUAUCCAGUGACAGAUAUCGGCGCUUUCGAGUCGCAAAUGAAUUAUAUCGAACAAAAGGCAAGGUAUCCAAGAGGGAUGGUCGAUUGAAUAUUACAGUUAAUGACACAAGUAAUACCGGAUAUCUCGCGAAGGCGCUCGGUACUGCCGUUAAGAAGGUCACGCCCAGGAAGGCCGAGGAAGGGAAAACCAGCCAUCGGCCAGCCUCCUCACGGUUAUCUUCAGCUACCACGGCGGCAUCGGAGGAAUGGAGACGACCGAAGCUGAACAUAGUAAUCAUGGUCAUUGGCUCCCGGGGUGAUGCUCAGCCGUUCUUGAAGAUAGGAAAGGUGCUAAAAGAGAAAUACGGUCAUCGCGUGCGUAUCGCUACUCAUCCCGCCUUUCGCGACUUUGUCGAGAAAGAUUCGGGUUUAGAAUUCUUCUCCGUUGGUGGCGAUCCCUCAGAGCUGAUGGCCUUUAUGGUCAAGAAUCCCGGUAUGAUCCCGACGCUCGAGACAGUGAAAGCUGGCGAUAUUGGAAAAAGACGUGCUGCUAUGGCCGAGAUGUUUGAUGGAUUUUGGAGAGCUUGCAUUAAUGCAACCGAUAAUGAAAGAGACAUCCACAAUAUUAAGAUGAUGGGCGAAAAGGAUCCGUUUAUCGCAGACGCCAUCAUUGCGAAUCCACCCAGUUUCGCGCAUAUUCAUUGUGCUGAAGCUCUAGGAAUUCCCCUGCAUCUCAUGUUUACUUUUCCAUACACACCUACAGAGGCUUUUCCUCACCCCCUAGCAACCAUCAAGAAAUCCAAUGUCGACCCCGGGUAUACUAAUUUUAUCUCUUACCCCCUCGUCGAAAUGAUGGUCUGGCAGGGACUCGGAGACCUCGUUAAUGAUUUCAGAGUUAAGACAUUAGGAUUAGAUCCGGUAUCUACUCUCUGGGCUCCUGGAGCGACAUACCGCCUUCAUGUCCCUUUCACAUAUUUGUGGAGUCCGGGAUUAAUACCUAAGCCCGACGAUUGGGGCGAGGAGGUAGACGUAUCUGGUUUUGUCUUCCUUGAUCUUGCCUCAUCUUUUAAUCCACCAAAGGAUCUUCUCAAAUUUCUCGAGAAAGGCGAGAUGCCUGUCUACAUUGGCUUCGGGUCGAUCGUAGUUGACGAUGCCGAGCGCUUCACAGAGAUGAUUUUCGAAGCUGUGAAACUAGCUGGUGUUCGAGCCUUAGUAUCGAAAGGCUGGGGUGGCCUUGGCCGGGUAGAUGUUCCUGAUUAUAUCUACAUGCUGGAAAAUACUCCCCACGAUUGGCUUUUCCCAAAGGUUCGAGCUUGCGUCAUCCACGGCGGUGCCGGAACCACUGCUAUCGCACUCAAGUGCGGCAAGCCGACCAUGAUUGUACCUUUCUUCGGCGAUCAACACUUUUGGGGUUCGAUGGUUAGUAAUGCAGGCGCUGGACCAGUACCGGUUUCGUAUAAGAAGUUGAAUGCCGAGGAGUUGGCAGAAGGCAUUAAAUUCUGCCUAACUGAUGAGGCACUGAAAGCAGUGCAAAAAAUAUCUAGAGACAUCGAACUUGAAGGUAAUGGCGCCCAAAACGCGGUGAAGGCAUUCCAUCGGAAUUUAACGCUAUCUGGAGAAAAUUCGAUGCGAUGUUCAAUCCUUGAUGAUCGCGUGGCGGUGUGGCGCGUUAAGCGAACCAGCAUCAAACUCAGCGCUCUGGCAGCCUACAUUGUAGUUAGUCGGGGGUUAAUAAGUUGGCGGAGACUACGCCUCCUUCGACAUAAGGAAUGGAAUGACUUUGAAGGACCGGGAGAGCCUGUUACAGGGGUUGUUGGCUCGAUAGUCGGAACAGUUGGCGACGUGUUUAGUGGAAUAGGCAGCGUCCCGUAUAGACUGGCGAAAACAUCCCACAAGAGAGCCGAGCGGAGAAGAAAGAAGGAGAGGAAGCGACAGCAAAAACAAGAUGCCCUAACUAAACGCCCAACCGAAUUCCCAUUUCCAAUCCAAGGAGACGGUGGUGCUGGGACUGAUACGAACGAAAGCGGCCGCCUUGGGCAUGCUUCGACGCAUGCAACUACGCCUUCAACAGCUCCUCUUGAGCCCUUCCAAGAAGAGUACCUAGAUGAGAUAGAAGAAGGGAUUGGUAAAACUGGCCGAGCCCUAGCGCAUGCACCUGUUGAUCUUUCGCUCGCGCUGGCCCAAGGUUUCCACAACGCUCCCCGUCUGUAUGGUGAUGAGACCGUUAGACGCCCGAUCCGGAUCACCGGAAUACGAUCUGGGCUCAAGGCCGCAGGACAUGAAUUUAUAUAUGGUAUCUAUGACGGAUUCACCGGGCUUGUACGAUUGCCGAUUCGCGGAGCUAGGGAAGACGGAAUCAAGGGCGCACUUGCAGGUGUUGGCAUGGGAUUUACCGGAUUUAUAUUAAAAAAUAUAACGGCACUGGUCGGUCCAAUAGGCUACACACUCAAAGGUAUUUCUAAGCAGGCCGACCGCGAAAAGCAGCCCCUUAAAUAUCUCCGUCGCGCACGGAUCAUCCAAGCACAGCGGGAGCUUGGUGUCCUAACAGAGGCCGAACGCAAGGCCAUAACUGACACAGUUCUUAAAGGCUGGCAGGUUAUGCGCCGGUUGGCUGAUGCAAUUGUACGGGAGAAUGAGAAACGAUGGUUCGUACCCCACUUCAAGACGAAGAGCAAGAGUGCUAGGAAGGUUAAGUCGGUAGGAAAUUAUGGGAAAGUUCCUGCAUUUGAGAGCAUUGCGGCCGCGGAGAAAGCAAUAGAAGCUAUCUCAAGAGGAGAAGAUACCGAGGCUGCACUCGGGAAGCGUAGGGGGAUCCAAGAUGGAUAGGGGGUUGGCCAGGGGAUUAUCGCGGGCUUGACAAUGAUGGAACGAGAAACUAAGUAUACUACUGAUUGAUUAAAGAAACAACUAGAUCAUGGGGGGGCAAUGCUAAAGGAGUAUCACAUAACGAAUGACAUUCACCUCUGUUGUCAUAGGUCGGACGAACAACUAAGGAGGUCAGGAUCUAAUACGGAGCAAGUAAUAAGAGCUAAGUAGAAUCGCCUUGCUGGAAUUAUAUCCUACAAUAAUAACUCUCCAGCCCUGGAAUAUUCAUAUUUUGAUUCUGGUUGGUUUGGGGGUUUUUAAAGGCAUCUAUUAAUAUGGUUGGCUACUAAGAAAGUUACGGAUAAUAUAUACAAAUAAUAGCCUUCUGGUUGAUAUAGGAUUACCUAGUAAUAUUAGUAUUGACUUACAUAACGAG